UGUGCGGAUUUAAUCGUCAAAUGUCCCUGGACGAGAGAUAACUUCCCUUGCUAGCCAUACCUUAAGGCCCGCAUCUGAGUUCAAUACCGUCAACGGGUCGUUUCGUCCACUUCCGAAAUCCUCAACAAGGUAGCUUACCUCCGCCUCACAUCUCGGAACUAUCAUCUCGGGCGACAAAUGAAUCCAUCAUCAUUCAAGCCAAAAGCCCACGGCUACCCUAAGCCCACUAAGUCCAAGACCCGGCCCCGAAAACCCGCUCCCCUCCCCUUCGUCCCCGCGCCCUCCCGCCUCGUCAGCCACAAAUGCGCGACGCUCAACACAUCCGUCACAUCGGACCCCUGCAAUCAUCUCACCGCACCCCACACGCACGCAUGCCCACCCAGCACGCCCUCAAAACCGCUCAUGACGCUGCUGCUCUCGCUCCCGCUCGCCCAGAAAAUCCACCAGCUGAUCGUCGCAUCGCGCCAAAUCGAAGGCCUAGCGCGCGGCUGGUUCAACGGCUCUCUGAACGAAGGCGUUGCCGAGCGACGCAUGUCCGCCCUCGAGCUGCAAUACGACGAGCUCAGGAAUGAAGUCGAAUGCGAGCUGGAGUCCGCAUGGGUGAACGCCGGGUUCGUGCCUGCGGAUUUACCUUCUACGCUCCCGACGUUCCCUCCCUCGCAUAAGGCGCCUGGCGCGCAUUCUGUGAAGCCCGUCAUGCCUACGCAAGCCGUGCUUGGGAAGGAAGUGUACGUCCAUCCACAGUACACCGUUGACAAGGCGCUUAAGCGCAAACGGGACGAAGAAAAACAACGCGCGAAUAAGCGGGAGAAGCAGAGUGUCGAUGAAGAGGAGGUGCAUUAUGGAGAGCCGGUCCAGCCGAUUGGAUUGCAGACUUGUAUGAUUCCGCUGAAGUGGGGCGAGAAGAAGAGGAUGCGGAAUUGGAAUUGGAACUGGAGGGGGACCGGGAAGGGGGGACGGGUUGAGGAGGAGUGUGUGAGUCCGAUGGGGACAGUGAUGGUGUUUUAG